AUGCCAUCUGCUAUAAAGCUCCACCGAAGAAGAAGAAGAAAGCAGUUAACGCACAACCACGUUUCCACUCGAAAAUUCGCUUCAUCAUUAGCUUGCGGGAGGUUGGAGCUAGCAGUGCAGCUCUGUUCGUCUCUUCGUUGUGGAGGAUCCUUUCGAUUACAGAGCGCCAGGCCCUUUGUGCAGCUGAGGCCCUGUAGUUCACGCAAACACUUUGCGCACCAGCCUCAUCCCUGCAGCCUGGACUAUUCUAAUGAACCCUCCUUCUGA